CGUAUCCAGCUGCUCGACGAAUCUCGAUUCCGGAAUGUAUGCGAUACUGUGUUACGACAGUUGUACUCGGCUGGUUCACCAUUUGACGCCAACGCUGAAGCUGUGCAGACGGACUACGUGGAUGGAUUGGUGGACUGCUUCAACGAUCUAGCGCCCCUUUUAACCUGUACGGACCGGCAUGCUCCAUGUGUAUGCCCGUUCCAUGAGCAUGUCUACACCUCCGUCUGUCGGACGUUGUUUGAGCUGUUCUGUGGAACUUGGUACGAUUGUCUUCAGAGUCGAAUCCAGACACUCGAUACUUCCCAGUCCGGCUUCCCGCUGCUCAACCGCACGGCAAGAACUUGCCGACUGUUGAUCGAUUCCGUACUGGGCCGAAAAUCCCCACUGCCGGUGCACCUUCGGCGCAUACUUCAUGAAUGCGACAGCUUUCAGCAACUUCGAGCUUAUUCAUCGGAUUCCUGUGAGGACUUGCUUUACUGCUUCAAUACGUCGUGUCCAUCUGGUUGUGAAAUCUCCCCACCAUCCAGCGCUCCGAAUUCGCCAACUUUUUCAGUAGUUCAACCUUCGUUCAGCCCAGUUCCAGCCAACUUACUGGGUAUGCCCGAAGCCCGGUCACCAUCAGACAAAACCUCAACCGCACCAUCGUGCUCCACCCCUGACUGCACAGGAGACUGUUCGUCAGUUUCAUCUACUUCAUCUUCUAGCUCAACCGCAAAGAGACUGCGCAUCAAAUUUGCCAACCGACUGAACGCGCCAACCGAUACUAUCGCUGCGCUUGCAGCUGGUGUACGAACUAGUUUCAUGACAUCCUUCAAGACUUUGUCGGCUGUUGGUGAAUCAAAGCUCACUUCAUCUAAUUUAUUUAUACAUUCAUCCACCUCUCCAUUGGCUACAAGAUCCCCAAGUCCGUCUCCAGAUCAUAAUUCGGCUGCCACUUCGAAGUAG